AUGGAAAAUUUUGAAGAAAAGGUAGAAGAAGCCACAUUAGUUGCUGCCAAGACUCCUAAGGAAAUGAAGGCUAUGUACAGACCUGAAUUCUAAAAGAACCCUUAAAAGUAUUAUCCCACUUAAGUUUUUGCUAAGUUUGGCUACUCUAGACACCAAUGUCCUAAAUGCCAAAACUUUUAUUGGAGAUUCUCUGAAAAGCAAGAUACUUGUGGUGACUCUGCUUGUGUUGGCAAGUACACUUUUAUUGGUGAACCCACUGGUAUUGGUAAGGAAGAAAAGUUGACUUAUGAUGGAGCUUGGAAGAACUUCGAAAAGUCUUUCACUUCUGCAAGAAAACCUUGCACAGCUAUCAAGAGAUAUCCCGUUGUUGCAAGAUGGAGAAAUGAUGUUGACUUUGUUGCUGCUGGUAUCUACUGCUUCUAACCCUACUGCAUGACUGGUGAAUUAUAACCCCCUGCUAAUCCUUUGAUCCAACCUCAAUUCUGCGUUAGAUUCAAUGAUUUAGAUAACAUUGGAUUAACUGGUAGACAUUACAGUGGUUUCAUUAUGAUUGGUAUUCAAUCUUUCUGCUAUCCUGGAACUGAAGAUAAGACUUUCUUCAGUGAAGAAUGUGUUGAAUUCAACUUGAACUGGCUUAUUGAUGGUCUUAAGAUUCCUAAGGAUGAAAUUACUCUCAUUGAAGAUAUCUGGUCUGGCGGUGGUAACUUAGGUUCUUGCGUUGAAUACUUCGUUAAGGGUCUCGAAGUUGGUAACAUGGUCUUCACCAUGUAUAAGUAUUACCCCGAUGGUAAGCUUGAAGAUUUAGAAAUUAAAGUUAUUGAUGUUGGUAUUGGUAUGGAAAGAAUUCCUUGGUUAAUUAAUGGUACUCCUACUUCAUAUAUGGAUGUUUUCGAUACUUCCUACAAAUAUCUUUAAGAAAAGUUAUAAGUAGAAACAAGCACUGAAAUUUGGAAGUAGAUUGGUCCUUACACUUGCCAUCUUAAUGCUGAUGAAUCAGAUGAUAUGGAAAAAACAUGGUAAAUGGUUGCUUCCAGCAUUGGAAAAACUGUCUAAGAAUGCAAGCAAGCUAUCACUCCUGUUAAGGAUCUCUACAUUGUCCUCGAUCACACUAGAGCUGCUUUAGUUCUCAUUUAAGAUGGUGCUUUACCUUCAAAUACUGGUGGUGGUUCAAAUAUCAGAAAUAUCAUCAGAAGAGUAUUUGCUAUCAUGAAGAAAAAUGGAUGGUGGGAUAAGUUAGGUAAAACAAAGGAAGAAUAAAUGAAGAACUUCUUGACAUUGUUCGACAUGCAUCAAUAAGAUUUAGAAAAACUUUAUGGUAAGUUCCCUGAAUACAAAUCUUUCGGAAGCAUUAUUGAAAUUGAAUAUGAAAAGUGGAGCAGCACUGAUAAGGCUCAACAAAAGAAGAUUGUAGACUCUUUCAAUAAGAAGAAAGCUCUUACUCUUAAUGAUUGGAUCGUAGCUAUCGAAUCUUGGGGUUUGUCUCCUGAUACUAUCACAGAAGUUACUGGACUUCCUUAACCUGAUAACCUAUACAAUGAAAUGGAAUUAAGAAAGAUGAAAUUAACUAAAGCUCCUGAACAAAUUCUUUACUAAACUGCCAACAUUUAAGAAACUGUUCAUCUCUUCUAUGAACACCAAAAUAAAUUUGAUUUUGAAGCUAAAAUAGUAGAAAUUUUCGCUGAUUAUAAGAACGUUGAAAACCGUAACAUCGUAAUCCUCGAUUAAUCAUGUUUCUAUCCCACAUCUGGUGGUUAACAAAAUGACAUUGGUGUCAUGACCGUCGACGGUUAAAAGUAUAAUGUUGUUGAUGUUAUUAAGGUUGGUAAAUGUGUUCUUCACAUUUUAGAUAGAUCCCUCCCUAAUCCUGAUAAUUCCCAUUACAUUGGAUAAAAAGUUCAUGCUGUUGUUGAUGAAAACAGAAGAAAAAUUCUUCGUAAUCAUCACACUUCUACUCAUAUUGUUUUUGCUGCUUGCAGACAAGUUUUAGGUCCUCAUGUCUGGUAAAAUGGUGCUAAGAAAACUGUUGAUAUGGCUCACUUGGACAUAACUCAUUAUGCAUCAUUGACUGAAGAAUAAGAAAUGGAAAUCGAAAAAAUUGCUAACACUAUCGUUUUCAGUAGCAAGAAUAUCAACAAAGAAUUUGUUAAUAAAGCUGAAGCUGAAAAAGAACAUGGUUUCCGUCUUUAUUAAGGUGGUGUUGUACCAGGUGAUACUUUGAGAGUAGUCAAUAUUGAAGGAACUGAUGUUGAAGCCUGUUGUGGUACUCACUGCGAUAACACCUCUGAAGUUGGUAUUAUUAGAAUUUUAAAGACUAACAGAAUUUCAGAUGGUAUUAUCAGAUUAUACUUUGUUGCUGGUGAAAGAUCUCUCCAAAAACUCUCAACUUAAACUAAGGUCCUUGUUGAUUUACAAAAUAUCUUCAAGGUAAAAGAAUCAGAUCUUGUCAGCACUUCCUUAAAGUUCUUUACUGAAAGAAAUAAAUUCAUUGAACGUCACAAAUCUGCAACUUAAAAGGUUUUAAAUCUUCAAAUGGAAUUAUUCCUUGCUAAGGAUAAAUACAAAAACAUCUUUGUAAAGUCUACUGAAUCUGAAGCAACAUUAUAUUUCUCUUUCAUGGGCAACUUUAUUAAAGCUCAAAAGGAUGCUGGUAAAGGUAUAGUUUUUGUUGGAGAAGGAGAAAAAGGUUUUGUCUUUGGUUAAUUCGGUAAUAAAUCUGACUUUGAUCAAGAAAAGUUCUUAGCUUUAUUAUAAGAAGAUAAUCCAGGAGUCACAUAUAAAAAAUGCUUAACUUCAAUCACUGCUAACAAAGUUAAACUUGACAACGUUUUACAAUUCUCUUUCAGUGGCAAAGUUAAAUAUGAAAAAGUAAAGAAAGAUUUAAUUACUCUUGGUCUUAUUGAAGCAGAUCUCUGA